GGAGAACACAGAAUAUACGAUACAUUACAGUUGGACGCAUUACCAGUCAACACUCCAUUAAAAAAAAUGAUGGCCGAUUGCAUAGAUGAUUCUCAGUUUGCCAUCAGUGAAUCCACAUGGAGUCCAGAGUUCAUCCAGGAGCUUCUUCCGUCUGCGGAGCGAACGGCUCUCCUCUAUAAUCUGUCAUUCUUGUGUCUGGGAGGCUUCCCAAAGCUGGAGCGUAUGAUCAGAGACCAAGCUAUUGAAACACAAAUGCUGUUCGGAACCUCUGAGGCUGUUCUGCUGAAGUGUGCCGGCACGAGUUCCAACCUGGUCACCUCGCUGUUCCCAAUACUGAUAAAAGCUGUUGAGAGGAACAGACCCAAACUGGCUGUGGUGUACCUGGAGAAAGCCAGAACAUGGAUCAAGGACAUCAUCAGAGCCGUGGAUGACAUGGUGACGAGGUAUGAUCAACAAACCAAAAGUGUGGGGAAUUGCACCAGUGAUGUGUUUAAAGAACAGAAGGAGACUGGAGACAAAUUAAAUGAACACACUGUCGAGAUGAAGGCUCUGGAGGAUGCUUUGGUCAAGCUUGAACUGGAGCUGAACAAAAAUGUCAAAGAUAUGGAGGAAAUUGAGAAAAGAAUUGAAAAAAGCACCCAAGAGCUGCUUUAUCUGAUCAGAAAUAAUAGAAAUUACCGUUAUUCUUUUUUAUGGGGCUUGUUCUCAUUUAAUCGACACUAUAAUGAUGCUGCUAUUCUUGCUAAACAAGCCGAACUGAACAGUCUCGUCUCUGAAAAGAACAGUCUGAGAAACCAAGGGUGGAACAUCAAAAUCAAACGGACUGAUUUUCAGCUGCAGAUGGCCAAUAGCAAAUUACAACAGAGUGUGAUUCCCAAUCCUGUCCACCUGAAGGAAGUCCAGAGGUGUCUUGAUCAAAUCCGACAAAUUCUGGUUGAUUUUAAAAAGUUCUGGGAGAAAGUGUCUGUUACGCUGGGCACACUGAAAGACAAGACCUUUGUUGGGGAGGAACUGAUUGAAGACCUGAAACGCAUGAAGAAGGAGUUUCUGGACUCCAUUGAUGACGCAAAAAAGGACUGGAAGAGAUUUGGUGUAUGCUGUCAGAGAGCACAGGGCAUCUUCAGCAUUCAGUCUAGGACUGCAUAUAAAUUCCUGGAGAUCAAUCCGUCUUCAUUCUCAGAGGCUGAAAGGAUUAAGCAGUAUGAGUCCGUCAUGGAGAAGCUGAAGAAGAUCAAUCCUCAGGGCUCCUGAGUGACAGUGAUCUGAUGCUUCCAUUCACACUUUAAACGCUCUUUAUAAGUCAUACACAUUAAUGCAUAGAGCUUAUCUUGUCAUUUUUGUAAUGCUUUAUAAUCAUUCUUUCAAUUACUGUUCAACAUACAUAUACUUUACUGAGUGUUUGUUAGGAAUAUUAUUUCCCUAUUCUAUGUCUCAAUUUAUGAAUAUCUCUCUUAAUAUUGCUUUGCAUUUCAUUAUGGUUUAUAGAUCUUGUGGUGGGUCUGGUCACAUGACUGAUGUCUAUGUCACACAAUAAAGACUAAAGACAUUAAA